AUGGUCGAGGCACGUUCAGCGAUAACUUCGCUAUUGGAUACAGACCUCUACAAGAUAUUCAUGCAUGCUGCUGUCCAUAAGCAAUUUCCUGCUGCCAAUGUCAAAUACAAGUACACCAACAGGACCGCGGCUCUCAAGCUCACUGCAGAGGCCAUUGCGUGGGCCAAGCAGCAAAUUGGCCAAUUGGGCCAGCUCAGGUUCACCAAGGAGGAGAUUGCCUAUUUGGCAGAGACCUUGCCCCAGCUACCACCGGAAUACCUCGUCUACUUGCAAACUUUCAAGCUCAGUCCGGAAACUCAAGUCAAGUACCCUGGCACCGACGAUGCGUUUGAACUAGAGAUUGAAGGCAAAUGGGACGAGACGAUCCUCUACGAAAUCCCUGUGCUCGCAUUGAUCUCAGAAGCGUAUUUCAGGUACGUCGACACCGACUGGGACUACACCAAUCAGGCCGAGUCGGCGAGAGCCAAAGUUGCUCAGCUCGUCAACCACAAGUGCAAUUUCAGUGAGUUUGGAACCAGGAGGCGAAGAUCGUUCAAGGCGCAAGAAAUCGUCAUCGACGCCAUGAAGGAUGCACAGAAGGAGCUUGGAUCUCGAGCACAAUACAUUGCGGGCACCUCCAAUGUUCUCUUGGCGAUGCAGAAGAAUUUGGCUCCCAUUGGAACCGUGGCGCACGAAUGGUACAUGGGCAUCGCGUCGAUAACCCAAAACUACAAGGAGGCCAACAAAAUGGCCAUGGACUACUGGAUCGACACCUAUGGUCCCCAGUACGCGGGGUUGGCAUUGACCGAUACUUUUGGCACAGACGACUACCUCAAGGUGUUUGUUCCUCCUUACGUUGACAUCUACGCAGGUGUGAGACAGGACUCGGGAGACCCGGCGUUGUACGCUGCCAAGAUUGCCCGACACUAUGAGAAAUACGGCAUCAGCAACAAGGUGGUUUGUUUCAGCGACUCGCUCAAUGUUGAAAAAUGCCUCAAGUUGCGCGAAAAGGCCGACCUGUUGAGCCUCAAGAGCACAUUUGGAAUAGGUACGUUUUUCACCAAUGAUUUCCUCGCUGCGUCGACGGGCGAAAAAUCGCAGCCGUUGAACAUUGUCAUCAAGUUGAAGGAAGUCAACGGCAUGCCCUGUAUCAAGCUCAGUGACAAUCUUGGGAAGAACAUGGGAGAUGAGGCUACCGUGAAGAGAGUGAAGGAGGAGUUGGGGUACACCGAGAGAACUUGGCAAGAAGGAGACGAAACGCAUCGAUGGUGA